CCCGGCAUCUGGGGCGCUGGGCGCCGAGCGUCGGGGGGAAGCUUCGCCAUCCACCCCCGCCUGGGCGCCAGCUUUAGGUCCGCACCCGGACUCGGCCAGAGUCAGGCAGUCAGGGCGUUGGCUGGAGGGCCUGGGAGUUAGAAUCCGAAUCCGAACGUUAGAACCAGAAUUGUCGCUUUGGAAUAGAACCUUAGCCUUGAAAUUUGUCUGUUCUGGAAAUCGAUUUUUAGCUUCGGAAUUAAAGUUGAAAUUAGGAUUUUUAGAGUUAGAAUUAGAUUCCUAGCUUAGCGGUGGAAUCAGUGCUAGCAGUGGAAUCCUAGCUUUGGAAUGAGGCCCUUGGCGUUGGAGGAAGAAUGUUGCGCGGGGAGCCUCGCGGAGCAUCUCCACCAGCAGCGCGACAGUCAGCCUCUGGGCCGUCGGGCCGGCGCUGCGCUCCCGGGGACCAGCCCCAGCGCUGGCUCCCCCCGCCCCGCGUGACGCUAGCGAGCGGCGGUGGAGAUGGGGUCGCACCAUCUGGCAGGCACGCCGCGCAUCUCUAUGGACGCCGCGAUGCCCGACCCUUGGCUGCUGCUCGCCAUGGCUUUGACCCUGACACUGACGGGUGUCCCCGGAGGCCACGCACAGCCCAAUGUGGCCCAGCAGGAGGCAGCAAUGGCAGCCGAGCCUCCGGGCUUGGAUGACCUCCUGCGCCAGGCGGAGCGCCUCCUUCUCCUCCGGGAAGACCUCCAGCGGCUGCGAGGGGACCAGGGCAAUCACCCAUCAGAGUCCCAGAGCUUUCAACCCGACUGGCUCUCUAAGCGUCAGCAUCCAGGCAAGAGGGAGGAGGCAGAAGAGAGAGUUUUAGAGGAGGAUGAGGAAGGAGGAGCUGUGGGGCCCUACAAACGGCAGCACCCUGGCCGGCGGGAGGACGUGGCUGCGUGGUCAGUCGAUGAUGCCCAACAGAAGCGGCAGCACCCUGGCCGGCGGGCCUCCUUACUUGGGUAUGCCGUCACCAAGAGGCAGCACCCAGGCAGACGGCUGGUGGAUCCCAAGUUCCAGAGGAGCUGGGAAGAGGAAGAGGAGGAGGAGGAAGAGGGAGAGCUGAUGCCUGAGAAACGCCAGCAUCCAGGCAAGAGAGCCCUGGGAGGCCCAUGUGGGUUCCGAGGAGCCUGUGGUCAAGCUGGUCUCCUGUUGGGGCUCCUGGAUGACCUACGCAGGGGCCAGGAGGCUGAGGAGAAGCGGCAGCAUCCUGGGCGACGGGCAGCAUUGGCCAGAGAGCCCCUGGAAGAGUGAGCCCUGUUUCUUGCACAGUCAAGUUUGUGGUCUAAGAAUGUCCUGAGCCCUGUGUGCCCUUUCCCUUGGUGACCCCCUCUUUCCCUCCUCCUGAUCCCUUAUCAUAAACCUGAGCUCAGUAUAUACACAUCCCCGAGCCCCUGGCCUUGCCCCCUCCUUCAGGGUCAUGAGAAAGCCAGCCUUUGAGGUAAAACCCCAUAUUGCCCCACUUUGCACCGCUGGCAAGGGAGCAGAUCCCAGAGUUCCUCUCCCCGAUCCCUGCAGUCCUGCCUCCCUUCCUUAGUCUGGCUAAAAUGACCCUUCUUUCUCUUCUAAGGGAUCCCCAGAGAGGGGCAGGGUGCUUCCGGGGUGAGCCUCCAACAAGGACUGGGUAGGAUUGAAGCUGUGAUUUUAAAUCCUGCUUCCAUUGCCUGCCGCACAUGUCAAGAUUCAUUAUGUAAACUUUACCCCUAGAACCCAGGGGCUCCCUCCCUUCUUGGGCAUCCUUUUGUGUGUGGGCAGAGCCCGGACCCACAGCUGCGUUCUGCUUGCAGGAAGCAUUGUAGGUGUCUCACCCUAUGGUGCUCUGCUGGGUGGUGGCUGUGGGAAUAAAUGCAUGUAGGAAUAUG